CCCCUUAAAAUUCCAAGGGUUUGUGAUACUAGAUGGUUAUCCAUUGAAAUGGCAGUAACUCGAAUUUUAGACCAAUGGCAUGAACUGAAAACUCACUUUGGAAUUGCUGCUAUGAGUGAAAAAUGCAAAACCGCAAAAAUCCUGUACGAAUCUUUCUGCGACAAAAAAAACUAUUUGUACUUGGUAUUUUUAAAGCCUAUAUUGCAGGACAUGCAAAAAUUAACUUGUGCUUCCAAAGUAAUUCGGCUAAUGCGACGAUGCUUUUAAGUGAUCUUAUACUCUCUAUCAGAGCAUUGCGACAGAAAAUAAUUCCUCCUGAUAUUGAUGUUGACAUUAUUAACGACGAUGACUUCGAAAAGCACGUCAAAAGCGAUUUAGGCCUCGGCUACGAUUUUGAAAAGAAGUCAAAUCAAUGAAUAUAGAAUCCGUCGAAGAAAUGGAAAUAAGAGAGUGCUGUUCCGGUUUUGUAGUAGAGCUAGCCAAACAGUUGAAGCAAAGGCUUCCGGACAAUUUUAACAUAUUAAAACAGAUUGAUGCAUUCUCUGUUGAAAAUAUUUUAAAAAUUCAAAAGAAACAAAUCUCUCCAAUCCUUGAGUAUUUUCGUACUCCUAAUAUAGAUAAAAUUGAACGACUGUACAACGACAUAACCCUGGUAGAGUGGGAAAAUGUCGAUGAUACUGUUAAGUUCUGGGCUGAAGUUCUUAAAUAUCGGGAUUCUGGCGGAAACUGCCGUUUUCAGGAAUUGGCUUCAGUUGCUCUGCAAAUGCAGUCCCUGCCUUGGUCGAAUGCCGACGUCGAGCGGGUGUUCAGCCAAGUCAAUUUAAUAAAAACGAAAAUUCGAAAUAGCAUGAGCGUUGAAACGUUAAACGCUAUACUGAGUAUAAGGUACGGGCUGCGUCGACACAAUAUGUGCUGUUUUAACUAUAAUGUACCACCCAGCUGCCUAUCUACAAUUGAAGACAAGAAAUUUUAUCCAACUGAUGAUGAUGAUAAUAUUGACGACAUCUUAAAUAUAAUAUAG